AUGCUGUGGCAUCGUGGCUCGCCAAAACCGCUAAAGCCUGGCCACGAAACUCCCCAGCCGAAAAAGAGUGGUAGAGCGAAAGGGAAAGCAAGGAAAGCAGCAAAGUCUCACGCCAAUGCAAUAACUAAAAACUCUACACCGACCAAACCACCGACAUAUGUCAUUGCCAUUCGCGACUUUGUCCCUCUGGCCGAAAGUAUUAUCAAUUACAAAGCUCCUAGAGUCCGAGUCCCGUCCACAUUUAGCACCGCCUUAACGCGAGCUAUAUCUGCAAGACGAGCUCAUCAUAGCAUCCUUGGCGAGAAGAAUGGAGCGAAACAAGAUGGACAUACUCAUUUUAUCAGCGUCCUUGAGCGUGUUCAAAACAUUCUACAGCCUUUGUUCUCAGACCAGAAUCAGGAUACCUUGGCUAACAAGUUCGACAACCUUGACGUUGAAGAGCCUUCGGAGGAGUCUGCUCCAGCUCCAGAUACCACAUUCCCAGAGACUUCAGAAUCCGAUGCAGAUGCAAGUUAUGAAGCAGAAAAAGUACAAGACCUCGAUGAGAUGUACAGCGCGUUUUGUCUUAUCAUCCAGGAUUAUCAUGAUUUCCGUGUCGCGAUACAGGAAACAUGGAUGGGCUACCGGCAAGGCGUGUUCGAUCUCGUCUCUGCGUCAAUCAUGACUAAUACAGCUCUCGAGUUUGCGCGUCGGUUAGAGAAGGAUGCUGCACCACUGUUCGACAAAUUUGGUGGCUCAGCGAUGGUUAUGGAAGUAGUAUUUGAGGCGCAAUGCAAAGGUAUGGGGGAGGAUAAAUACUUUAGGGAACGACCUGACGACGACCUUAACUUUCGUGUUUGGGAGGCCGCGACACAAAUUUACUUUCCAACCUACAUGUUUCUCCAAGGAUUUGUUCUCAUGGUAAGUAAUCACAAUAUGCCCAUCAUCAAGCCUGGCUAUUAUGGCAUUUACGACCCUUCCAGCGACCGAACAAAGAAAACGUCAAGGGAGAAAUUCAAAGAGGAUAAGAUAAUCCUUUCAGAGCAAUUCACUGAGUUUGCAUUACUCUGUAUCUGUGCUCCUGACCUGUUAGCAGCAGAUGAAUUUAUACUCAGCUGUAAGGAGGCGUUCAAAACCCACACAGUCACUCUCUUCCUCUCAUUUGCAACACAAGUGUAUCUUGACAUCCAUCAUACGCUACGUGCGGAUGUGCGACGUGGUCUUUCUGAUUUGAUGGCCACAGCCGAGAUGAUUGAUGAGUCGAUCAAAGAAAACCUUCAAUAUCAUAAAUCCCUUCGUAUUAUGGGGUGGCCUCGGUCCAAUGAUGCCGUCCUGGAAAAGAUUCAACAGUACAUCGAUCUGUGGGUCAACAGAGACCCUGUCGGAGAGGCUAGAAGGAGACUCAAGCAGCCUCCUAAGGAACACCACAUGAUGUUGUCCUCGCAUCCUUUAUUAUGCGGGUUAAUUACCUACAGCCUAAAAGCACCAUUCCAAGAACUCAGCCUGGCAUUUACAGACGCAUGGGGGUCCAUAUUAUAUACCUACCAUCUCUACCAUGCGGUAAGACAGGAAAAUCUGCUCCGGAACAAAUGGCUAGAUAUGGAUGUCAUAAUGGGAAUUCAAGAGAAAGUUUUUGUUGGAGAUCAACCUAAAACUCCGGAAGAUUAUCUGAAACAAUUUGCACUAAGUAUGGGGUGGUCUGCAGCUGCAUUCGCAAAAGAUAGACGUCAAGGAGCCUUACCCGUUUCAUCUCGUGGUCCCAAAUACCUGAAAGAACUUGCACCAGUUGCACAGAUGUUCAAAUCAAGAUUCUCCGAGGGCUCCCAGCAGACAGAUUGGACGACGGCAGAUAUUGAGCAAAUUAUAUCCAAAUCUAACUAG